CUUAACCUUAACGUAACCAUAAUCAUCUUUUCACUGGUCACAUGACUGAAGGCUUCUCGCGAUCUUUGUUAUUUUCGGGAGAGAUCUUCGAAAGCUCGAAAGGCCAGGUUUUCUGUGCGAGCCCUUCUUCAUUCUUCUUCACUGCUUCAUCCCGACACUCCAUUCUAUCGACACAGCAUCCUACCGUAUGAAACCAUGUUGCUACUAGUGGGGGUCUCUGUGGGAAUUGCCGGUGUCGCCAUGGCCGCACUCUGGGAACGGUUCGAUGGCUUUGUUGGAUUCUUCUUUCAAGAACUUUCUCUGCAAGAACAAGUGGCCCUUUUGGCGCUGUUGUUCGCUCUCAUGUUGGCGUGGAUGGGCAUUUUGAUGAACGUUACUGGUACUACAACGGACAGUAGCAGCGGUAGCAAGGGAAAUGAACAACAACAUCGACAACAAUCCAAGAAGAAAAAGUCCAUUGCCUAUCCGUUCCACGACAUGAAUCAAGCUCUAUCGGAUCGCAACAAGUUUGCCUGUCUCUAUCCGUGGCUACGAGACUCCAUUUUGACCGUGAUGAAACAAGACAAUGAACUCGCCGAUCGGCACGUCCAGGACUAUUUGACACGCAUGAUGGACUAUACCAUUCAAGGAGGAAAAUACAAUCGAGGCACCACCGUCGUGGCCACGUAUCGGGCCAUUCUCAAACGAGCAUUGACGCCUCUGGAAAUUGCCCAAGCGGCUACAUUGGGAUGGACCAUUGAAUUGCUUCAAGCCUUUUUUCUGGUCGCGGAUGAUGUCAUGGACGAAUCCGACAGUCGAAGAGGACAACCCUGUUGGUAUCAAGUCGAUGAUGUACAGAUGGCGGCGAUUAAUGAUGCCUUUUUGUUGGAAUCCUUCCUCUUUACCAUUGUCAAACAACAUUUCUCCCAUAUGACUUGUUACACCCAGAUACUGGAAUUACUACUCGAUGUCAUUCAAAAAACCGAAUUGGGGCAAUUGCUCGAUCUACAAAGUCAAGAACCUAAUAAGGAGGGCGACGACCCUCUGUCACACUUUACGCCAGAACGAUACCGCUUGAUAGUUCGAUACAAGACGGCAUUCUACAGCUUUUAUUUGCCCAUUGCCUUGGCCAUGAGUUUGGCGGGAAUUACAGAUGAAGGCAGCUACAGAGUGGCCAAGGAAAUUUGUGGAACCAUGGGCGAAUACUUUCAGGUACAGGACGAUGUACUGGACUGUUAUGGCGAUCCCCGACGCGGGGGGGAAAUGGGGUCGGAUAUUCAAGACAAGAAAUGCACAUGGCUCAUUGUGCAAGCCUUGCAAAAUGCAUCCAAAGAACAAAAACGAAUAUUAAAAGAGAAUUAUGGAAAUGCCAAUGACGAAGAAAGCACCGAAUUGGUCAAGCAAGUCUAUCGAGACUUGGCACUCGACAAGGUCUUUUGAAGUAUCAAGAAGAAAGUUAUGAACAAAUUCAAAUUCUGUUGAUAAAGUACAGGAAAUGCCAAAAGAGGUCUUUCAGCAUUUGAUCAAAAAGGUAUACAAACGAAUGAAGAAAUAAAAUAAAAGCAAACGAUGCUG